CCCUGCUGCUGCUGCUUGGCUCGCUCGCCUCCUGUCGCUACCUAUGCUAUUCUUGCGCCGCGGCUGCGCUCGCGGUUCCUACUCGUGAGCACUGGAUGUAUUUACUGUGUAUGCAGCCAUCUCCAUAGACACAACACUUGCGCGCGCCCCUUCCGCAGCCACGCAUGCAUGCACGCACGCCAAUCAAUCCCAAUCAAUCACUCAAUCAGCAAAACAGUCAGCUUGCAACCGCAAGACAAGACAAAACAAGACAGGACAAGGCAACGAGGCAGCAGGGAUGCAGAUAGCGCACGCCCGGGCCGUGACAGCCACGCGCGCUAGGGAGAUUCGCUGCUCCCGAGCGCCCGGGAAGAGUAGGGAUGGCAGUGGUGGCGUGUCCGUUUCGUCAACACCGGGACCUUUGCUCGCGCUCCCGCUCUCCUCCAGCCUCUGUGCGCAAUGUUAGUUACGGGGCCUGUCUCAGCCUCGCACGCAUGGCUCGCUCGCAAAUCUCUCACGCAAAUCUCGCAAGCAAGCAACCAAGCAACCAAGCAACCAAGGCACGCUUGCUCGUAACCCUGUACGAACGUCUUGUUUUGCUUGCGCCGUAUUGCAGGACUGUCGUGCUCGCCGAGGGCUUGUGCGCUGCUUUGAGCGGUUUGAUAAGGCUGUCUGGCUUAGAGUUAGGGGUGUCGUGUUUCGUCUGCGGCUGCCGGGCUAUUCUUACGCUGGGGGUAAUGAAUCUUCCUGCUGGCUUAAUUGUUUUUCCUUUCGAGCUUGCUCUGUCUGGCUGCUGUUUGUGUAGAUGCCCCGUCUACACACAAGCUAUCCUCGCCUCUAUGCACCACGCCUCCUCUCCACCACAACCACACACUAGUUAUCAAACAUACAAGCAUACGCAUAGAAACACUUGCACAAGCACUCAUCCACCUACGUAUUGUAUAGUACCAUCCCAAAAACACGCCCACUAAACACCACCCGCAUAGCCAACCCCUCCCCAAGCAAUCAAUCAACCUCGCACAAACAAGAUCCUCCCCCGAAACACGGCAUCGCAGCGCAUCGCACUCAAACACCGCCCCCGCCAGCCCCUUCCUCCCCGAAACACACGCACGCAAAAGCAAGAAAUAAAC